AUGGGGUACCUUAAUUGCACCACGCUGACUUUAAGUAGUCGGCGCGGAACGGCCCUCCAAUCUUGGGGGUUGAGCUUCGGGCCAACAACCCGUUCUUGCAAAAAACACUCAGUUAAGAAACCAUCAAAAAAGCCUCGGAACUGGAUUGAAAAUGGCAAACAACUGGAAUCGGAAAAUGGGCUACGUAUAGGAACUUGGAACGUCAGAACACUAAACAAACCUGGAGCAUUGCAAAAUGUACUUGACGCUUAUAAUAACUAUACAAUUGACAUAUUAGCAGUACAAGAGAUAAGGUGGCCAAAUAGUGGAAACCUAAAGAAAGACAAUAUAACAUUAUUUUACAGUGGCACUACUAAUGGAAGACAUGAAAAUGGAGUAGGUUUUAUAGUACACGACAAGAUACUACCAAAUGUUAAGACCUUCUCAGCCUUUAAUGAUAGAAUUUGCUAUAUACGUAUAGCGGGAAGGAUAUUUGACUUAAUUAUCAUAAACUGCUAUGCCCCAACAGAGGAAAAAGAUGAAGACAUAAAGGACAAAUUCUAUGAAGAACUAGAAAGGGUAUAUGACACUUUACCGUUGCACUGUAUAAAGAUAGUAGUAGGUGAUAUGAACGCGAAGGUUGGAAGGGAACAUAUAUAUAGACCGGUCAUAGGACCUAACAGCUUACAUGAAAUUAGUAACGGAAAUGGAACCAGACUGAUAAAUUUUGCACAUUCAAAAAAUUGUAUAAUAAGCAGUACAUAUUUCCCCAGAAAAAAUAUACACAAAGUCACUUGGAAAUCCCCUGAUGGAAGAACAUUUAAUCAAAUUGACCACAUACUUAUCGACAGGAGAUUUAGGGGAUGCAUAAGGAAUGUAAGAACGUAUAGAGGAGCUGACGCAGACUCAGAUCACUACCUAGUGUAUGCGAAAUUUAACCUGAGACUGGCAACAAAAUGGAACUUGGAAAAAAGGAAACCUACAAUAAAGUACGACAUUCAAAAAUUAAAUGAUAUUGAAAUAAAUCAUAAUUAUAUUGAGAGAAUUGCACAUGAAUUACAAAAUAAUAAUAUAAAUCAAAUAAGCCAUAGUACAGAAAUUGAUACGAUUUGGAACAGAACAAAGGGAGCGGUGGUUAAUAGUGCAACGGAGAUUCUAGGAAUGAAACCAAAAGAAAAGAAUAAAAACUGGUUCAACGAUCUGUGUAAGAAUGCAGUUAUCAGAAGAAACGAAUUGAGGAAAAAAGCACUACAAAAUCAGACGAGUGCAUAA